AUAUACUUCUGUUUAAGCAGUUGUCCGUCGAUCGGUGUGCUGGAAGGAUAAAAUUAUACCAUCAAAAUAUUGGGGUAGGGACACUUUGACCAGUUGACGAAACUCUCAACUCGCAAAAGGAUAAUAUUAAAGAUAAUUCUUAACAUAGCAAAAACUCAGCAACUGCAAAAAAGUAUUGACUUCUGUCAUCAGAAUUACCGAGGACUGAUUGUCAAAUUAAUUCAUAUCGGCACUGGAUUUUACACCCACUUGCGAGGACAACCGCACGGAUUUGACAGUAGCUGCACGCGCGUGUGUCACAUGCUAAUCCUCACCGGCAAAUCGAUUAGACGCAACUCACCAGCUAUGAAAAUGCCUAUCUUGACCAGAGACCACUUGGCCGUCAAACUGCGGCAAAACUGGGUGGCCAAACAUGGCCACGAGGCAGGCGCCCCACCGGCACCAAGUGCCGGUGCUCCAAACCUAGACGACAGUCUCACCAGCUUGAACUGGCUUCAGAAUCUCAAUAUCAUGAAGAUAACCACGCCAACACCGCCACCAAGUCCGCAGCCGAUGUUGUUAGAAUCAGCCAAAGGUGACAUGAAGGUCAAUCCCAAUUCCGUCCUCAACAUGACGAACAUCCAUCCUCCUAGGAUUGACUUCCACAAGGGUCACCUCGCGGACAUCGCACCCACCACUGCCUCCACGCUUGACAAGAUCGACUACAAGACGAAUCCUUACAUCAAGCCGCCUUAUUCUUACGCCACCUUGAUCUGCAUGGCGAUGAAGGAGACGAAGAAGAGCAAGAUUACAUUGUCAGCCAUCUAUAACUGGAUUACAGAAAACUUCAUGUAUUACCGAAUGGCUGAUCCAAGUUGGCAGAACUCAAUCCGCCACAACCUGUCGCUAAACAAGUGUUUCCAGAAGGUGCCACGACGAAAAGACGAGCCUGGAAAGGGAGGUUUCUGGAGGAUAAACCCCGAAUACAGCGACAUGUUCGUCAAUGGCAUCUUCAAGAAGAGACGUACCAGCACGAGAGAAAAUAUUCAGCCAAUGAUCAAGAAGAUUAAGAGAGAACCAGACGACGAUAGUUCUUCAAAUUCUAGCUUGUGUUCAUUCUCAGCAUUACAACGACCGAUCAAAAUAAAAACUGAGUUGGACCUGUCGGACACCAGACGAUAUAGGUCCAUGUUGACAGGAGAAGAACUCAACAAUAGUGAUAUUUUACGCGGCGAUUUCAGCUGGAAUUCUUUACUGAAUCAAGACAUUGAUGUGGCUGGUGUGAAAAUUAAAACUGAGGAUAUUAUCAACGGAACGGACGAAGUGGUAAUAGACCAGGGCCCCAUGGUAGGCUUGAGUCCUCCUCCAUCUGAAGGAAACUCAGACUCAGGACUUGAUGAUUUCUGGGGCAUGGAUUUCACAGAGUCCGCAGAAAUGUCGAAUGAUGCACCACUGGACUUGUCAACAAAUGCUGGCUGCUGUGACCCAUUAGAUUUAACGAUACAGGGAGUGGGUCUCCGACCGCCAGAGGGGUGGAGCGAAAGCUUCAACGGCUACUUCAGCACUGCCAAGCGCUCUCCUUCUCAGAGCAGCGGACUUCACACCCCAAUAGCUCCCUCUCCCAUUCAUGACGGUUGUAGUGACAUUGACUUUUCUCAUCCGUGGGCCGAGAGCCGGUUAGAUCUGGAUGAGGCCAUUGCUGCAUUUGAUGUGGACAAUUUAUUUGAUGUUGACAACAUCCCGUCACCGCGAGUAUGAGAGUGUUAAUGCAUAACCGAUGGUGAUAUUAUUUAUUAUCGUGUUCAUUUUGAAUUUUUGGUGGACAAUUACAUGUAGUUGGUAUUAGUGUGAGCCUAUCAGAGAAGUGAGAAAAUGGCUUUGUCUGAGACCACUGAUGCACUGCAAAUGUGAUCAGAUUUGGAUGCGGUACCAGCGGGUUAAUGAUAUAGGUUGUAUUUAUGGGAGGUGAAUACUUCACCAUAAGAAUGUAGAUGCAGCUAUUUCUAGAAACGUCCACUAUUGUGUUUUACCAACAUCGAUGUCGUCUGAAGUUCUGCAAGCUUUAUAGAAACCAAAUUGACCCUUUUGAUUGUCGGACAUCACGUUACUGAGAUCGCGUGUUGAGCAUGCAUAAUAUCAGCACGUAUGCCCCCCGACAUCACAAAGAUUGUUGCGCCCGCUGUCCGGAUUGUGCUUUCAACGACAGUGCUGGAUGCUUUUUGCAAGUGGUAUGACGUAAUGGUCAGGUUGUAAUGAUGGACAAAUCAAGAUAGCAUGUGAUAUUGAAGGUGUAAAUAGUUUAGACAUUCUGCAUUGUGAAAACAAUGCUCCAAAAUGGUGCUGAAAAAAAAUGUUAAAUGAAAUUUAACGGUUAGGUUCCCCGAGACUAGGCGUUAUGUUUAAAAUAGUGCUAACUGAUUUGAGAAAUGUUUGAUAAGUGUAUUAGAGAGUCCAUGAUAUGCUUAUACACGUCCACCAGAAGCCAGGUGAGUUAGUGAAAUAUAUGUACAGUUUAAGUUGGAAGUCCUCCUUCCUAGUCCGUUGCACGUUCGUCUGGUUCUUCUAUGUGACACCUUGGAGGAAUUAUACUUGACAGUGUCGAGGAGCCUGUUCCAGAUUUUCACACGGGCCUCCAAGGGAGAGGAGUUACAUCUGGCACCUGGUGGAGGUUUCAGCUGGUAAAUGCUGCAAGUGAGCUGAUGUGUCUGUAGUUGUUUUUAUAUAGUUUGUUGCGUGUGGAUUGUGCACAUGGAUGGUAUACCUCAGUCACUAAUAUUUUCCUUUCCUAAUUUCAUUUGGUAGAGCGGCCAUAUUGGUUUACCACAAAAUCACCAAAUCAGUAAGAGAGUGGAAAAGCACUGUUAUUGCGCGUUUGAAAUAGAAUAUCCUGUCAGCGCCACCGUCAUUAAAGCUGUGGUGAGUGAAGUGUUUUGCUCAAGGAUUAACAGUGUUACCGUUUGGCUAAUCAAUAUGUUUUUCUAUGUACUGUUAUUCUGCAAAUAAUGUGAUAAAAGUUAUAGUUGAAAUUCUCUAAUUUAUAAAUUCCGUCCGUGAGAACCUAGUCGUUUUAGUAAUUCGUCUGUAGACUGUGUUAGUUUGAAUUUGUCGACGAGGAUAUUCGGCAAUAUUUUUAAAUUUGUUCUCACUCUUUCACAGUGUCUUCAACCGUCCUUGAUCGCUACUCGUGCAUGUAUAACCGCUUCAAACGCCUUCAUCUGACAUAAUUGUCUAAAUAAUGUUCCAAAUGAGAUUUCUGGAAAAUAUCUUUCAAUCCCGAUAGCCAAUGGCAUAGAUACAUUAUGAGAUGAGAGAGCACCCGAAUGUAGAAAUGUCUGGCAUCGCUUAUUCCGUAUAUGCAUAAUCAGAGGUGGUCGUAAUUUUCUCUGUACAUCCGCCCAUGCAGUUAAUGAUGUUGUUGACAUGCACACGAUAUCGAUAAUAGGGUGACAGAAUACAUUCUCCGUCCGAGUGAUGAACAGUUAAUGAUGUUCUUGAUAUGCACAAAAUAUCGUUCAUAGCUGACAGCAUUUUCCGUCCGAGUGAUGAACAGUUAAUGAUGUUUUUGACAUGCACAAGAUAUCGGACAUAGCUGACAGCAUUUUCCGUCCGAGUGAUGAACAGUUAAUGAUGAUCUUGACGUGCACAAGAUAUCGGUCAUAGCUGACAGCAGUUGAUUGAUAAAGAAGUUAAGUCACCAAUGAAAUAAUCUUCAUACUGAGUGCUAUUAACUUUGCUCUAUUUCCACAAGUUCAAGUUAUCAAAUUUUCAUUCUAAUGCGCUUAUUCAUGUCCUUCCGUCCCAUGUAGGCGUAUAUGCCUCCGAGUUUCUUGCCGAGAGAGAUUAACAUUUCAUUGUUUUCAUGCCUUAACGUAUUCGGCGAUAAAACACACCAUUAGUUUGUUUAACAUUAUGUAAGACGGUUUAUUUUUAAUUCCAUUGAAUCCAGUAUUAGCCCGGCCAAAUUUGGCAACGGAUUUGACUUAAAAUUUCUUUUAAAUCUUUUCAUAUUUCACUGUCCACCGAGUUUGACAAGCCACGACUGGUCCUUUUUCUUAAGGUCAUUAUUUGCAAAAGCAGCAUUAAAUAUGUACUCUGUUUUAAUAUUUAUCAAAGCACAAGCCUUCCUUGAACAUGAACUUUGACAAUAUUUUCAUACUCAAUACCGACUGCUAGAUAUUUCGAUCAUGGUUGCGUCAUUUUGUUCCGGGCUUUGGUCAAGCAAGCUCCAAGGUCAACAGAAUUUUCUUCAAGACACUUGGGCACGGAAAAAGCUUUUAGACCUUAUCUGGUCAGCCGAAAUACAUUUGUUUGUAACAGUAUUUUUCAAUCUAUAAAAAAAUUUCCAUACAAAAUUUCAGUGCUAACCUAUUAGUCAAAAUUACCAAUAGAAAACACUGAUUAGCUUCUGCAUUAACAGUUGCGAAAUACAUUCCAAAAAAGAGAUACCUAUUUAGCUAAUACAUUAUCAUUACUUAUACUGUAUGCUCACUUUUGACAUCGGUCGGGUUUGGUUCGAGCCCAAGGUCUACUACUCAAGUAGGAAAUCAUGCUUUUGUUGACACAACAACCAUUUUUUUAAAACUGUCCAUGAGCAUGUUGUAUCUUUCCCACGGAAAGCAAUCCUUGUUUAUCAUUUCGGACGACAGGGUGUGUUUCAUAAAAUGUCAAGAGGUAGAGUAGAGUUUGUUGUUGAUCGGAGUUGUCAUCAACUUCUUUUAAUUUGAUAAAGAAACAUCGGUUUUCAUGUAUCAUAAUGAUGUACUUCGACUCACCCUCAUUAUCAAACGCAACAAAAAUGUGCCUUCAAUCUGCUUCAACUUUUGCUAUUGGGACACCGUGUUGGUAACUUGAUUUCUCACCCUCCGUUAAUACAUGUACCCUGUAAGUGACAUUGUUAAUAUUUGAAUGUGCCUCUGUUGUGUACACCAUGCAAACAAACUUCCAAAUAAAAAGACAACAAAAUUAAA